AAAUAUUCACCCACACCCCUCAUUUUCUUCUUCUAAUUUUCUAACCUUUUUUCAAUUCCAAAAAUGGCUAAUUCCAACACUUCUUCCUCCUCAAUCUCAGGCAAAACAUUUUCCGGUUUCGGCAACUUCGUCAAGCUCCUCCCGACGGCGACCGUCUUCAUCUUCCAGUUCCUCAACCCUGUCUUGACCAACAAUGGACAGUGCAGCCCUGUGAACAAGGUCUUCACCAGCAUCCUCAUUUCCCUUUGUGGCUUCUCUUGUGCUUUCUCUUGUUUCACCGAUAGUUACAAAGGCACCGAUGGCUUAGUUCAGUACGGUAUCGCUACCGUUAAAGGUCUCUGGCUGUUUUCGGGUUCGGGAUCGGUUAACUUGUCAACGUACAAACUGAGGAUUGGUGACUUUAUUCAUGCCUUUUUUUCAAUCAUUGUCUUUGCUGCCUUGUCUUUGUUGGAUAUCAACACCGUACGAUGUUUUUAUCCGUCUUUUGAAUCGACCGAUAAGGCUUUGCUCGUGAGUUUGCCGCCGGUUAUCGGAGUGAUUUCCGGUACCGUUUUCAUGGCUUUCCCUAACAGCCGCCAUGGUAUAGGGUACCCUCCGAGUGAGUCCUCCUAGUUUGUCUUCGGACAUGAAUUUAUGAACAAAAUAAUUGGUUAAAGAUUGCUAGACAAAAAUUUUAUUUAUCCA